UAAUACUUAAGACUCAAGAGGAUCAUAAGUAUGUAUUACCACUUGCUAUGAAGUAAAAUGAUGAUAUGAAUGAAUGAACAUAAUGCAGAAUCAUUGAAUUCUCAUCCAACACCUUUACUCCAAAACUUCACCAACCCAAAAAUUUCUCAUUUAUGAACCCCCAAAUAUUUGACCAUAACACAUAAACACUGUCAAUUUUUACCAUAAAGUUUCUUGAUUUUUACUAGCUUCAUUAGGCUCUCCUGGUUGUGUUUUUUUUCAUUUUUUAUGAUAAAAAAUUUGAACUUUCUUUUGUCUAGUUGAAAACACAGAGACAAAGCAUUUAUGUUUUGGUGUUGUUUUCUUUGUUGGCUUUUUCAUGCAGAGGUCAGACAAGGUAAGUUCACAUUAUUCAUUCUUUCUUCCAGAAACCCCAAAAAUCUUAGUUGUCCUCUGAAAUUCCAUUAUCUUCUGAGCUGCUGUUUUUCAUUUUUCUAAAGAAAGAUUGGAUUUUUAUGCAUUUUGAGCCAAUUGUGUAUACUUCUUGAACUUUUGGCUUUGUGGGGUUCUGCUGAAAGUGUUUGUUUUGCUGAUUCUUGGAAAGUAGAACAACUUUUAUGUGUCAAAAAUGGUGUUAAAGUUCUGAAAAAAGGGAGGUUUUUGGAGGGAUUUUUUUUUGCUUCUUUCUUUUUCUCUCUUGAGUUUUACAGUUGAAGUCUUAUCUUUCUCAUUUUCUCACAAGAAAGAUUUGAUUUUUAUGCUUUCUUAGUCAAUAGUGUACUCUUCUUGAACUUUUGGCUUUGUGGGGUUGUGGUAAAAAUGGUGUUGGAGUUCUGAAAAAGGGAGAUUUUUGGAGUUGUUUGGAGGGUUUUGCUUCUUUCUUUUACACUCUUGAGUUUUAUAGUUGAAGCCUUAUCUACAAAUGGGAAUAGGCAUUCUUGGUUCUUUUCUGCUUUUGACUGUGUUCUUUAGGCCUUUGCUUUGCCAACAGCCAAACACUGAUGGAUUUUUUGUGUCUGAUUUUCUUCAAAAGAUGGGGGUUGCUAAAGUUCACAACUUUUCAGCUCACUUUUGUUCUUGGAAAGGGGUGGGAUGUGAUUCCAAGGAUGAAAAUGUUGUUAAUUUGACAGCUAAAAGUUUUGGUUUAUCUGGUGUGAUUCCUGAUAACACCAUUGGUAAACUCACAAAGCUGAAGUAUUUGGAUCUGAGCAACAAUAAACUCACUGGUUUGCCUUCUGAUAUAUGGAGUUUAGGUUCACUAAAGUACCUUAACCUCUCACAUAACCAUAUCUCUGGUGACCUUUCAAGUAACAUAGGCAAUUUUGGUGGUCUUGAAAUCAUGGACUUUUCUGUCAACAAUUUCUCUGGGAAAAUCCCAGAUGCCAUUAGCUCCCUUUCAAGUUUGCAUUCUCUUAAUCUUAGUAAGAACUUGUUUGAUUCAGAAAUCCCUUCUGGAAUUUUGGGCUGUCAUUCUUUGGAAUCCCUUGAUCUUUCAGAAAACAGACUCACUGGUUUUCCUAAUGAUUUUGGUUCUACAUUUCACAAGCUCAAGUUCUUGAAUCUUGCAGAAAAUGAGAUUCUUGGUAAAGAUUCAGAUUUUUCAAGAAUGGGUUCAAUCACUCAUAUCAAUAUUUCAGGCAAUCUGUUUAAGGGUUCUGUUGUUGGUCUUUUUGAGGGGCCAUUGGAAGUGAUUGAUUUGAGUAGAAACCAGUUUGAUGGUCACAUUUCUCAGGUAAACUUCAGUUCCAGCUUCAAUUGGUCUCAUUUGGUUUAUCUUGAUUUAUCUGAGAAUCACCUUAGUGGAGGGAUCAUUAGAGAAUUAAAGAAUGCUCGAAAUCUUCUAUACCUUAAUCUUGCAGAUAAUAGAUUUUCACAUCAAGAAUUUCCACAAACUGAUAUGUUAUCUAGCUUAGAGUAUCUGAAUUUGUCUGGAACUAGUUUGAUUGGCCAAAUUCCUCAAGAGCUCUCGUCGUUGAGUCGCUUGAAAAUCCUUGAUAUAUCCAAAAACCAUCUUAGUAAACGCAUUCCUCCGCUGAGCAAUAGAAAUCUCCUGGUUCUUGAUGUUUCAUACAACAAUUUGACUGGUGAUAUCCCAUUGCCACUUGUAGAGAUACUUCCAAGGAUGGAAAGGUUCAAUUUUUCUUACAACAAUCUAACUCUUUGUGCUACUGAAUUCUCCCCUAAAACACUCCUUUCGGCGUUUAUCGGGUCAUCAAAUGGAUGUCCUAUUGCUGCCAACCCAGCUCUCUUCCACAAGAAAGCUCCGAAACACAGAGGACUUAAACUUGCUUUGGCAUUAACUUUCUCUAUGGUUUUUCUGCUUCUUGGUUUACUGUUCUUGGCAUUUGGUUGUCGAAGGAAAACCACGAUAUGGGCGGUUAAACAGAACUCUUACAAGGAAGAACAGACUAUUUCUGGUCCUUUUUCAUUCCAGACUGAUUCAACAACUUGGGUUGCUGAUGUUAAGCAAGCAAACUCAGUGCCUGUUGUGAUUUUCGAGAAGCCACUGUUGAAUUUCACAUUUGCAGAUCUCUUAUCUGCAACUUCUAAUUUCGAUCGAGGCACAUUGUUAGCUGAAGGGAGGUUUGGUCCUGUUUAUAGAGGCUUUUUACCAGGUGGCAUUCAUGUGGCAGUGAAAGUUCUUGUUCAUGGUUCCACUAUGACAGACCAUGAAGCUGCAAGAGAGCUCGAGUAUCUUGGCCGGAUAAAACAUCCUAAUCUUGUUCCAUUGACAGGAUACUGCUUGGCUGGUGAGCAAAGAAUUGCCAUUUAUGAUUACAUGGAGAACGGGAAUUUGCAGAACUUGCUUCAUGACUUGCCACUCGGGGUUCGAACUACUACUGAAGACUGGAGCACGGACACGUGGGAAGAGGAGGAUGAUAAUAACAGUAUUCAGAAUGUUGGUUCUGAAGGAUUGUUAACCACUUGGAGAUUUAGGCACAAAAUCGCGCUUGGCACUGCUAGAGCACUUGCAUUUCUACACCAUGGUUGUUCACCUCCCAUUAUACAUAGAGAUGUCAAAGCCAGCAGUGUUUAUCUUGAUAUGAACUUGGAGCCUAGACUAUCCGAUUUCGGAUUGGCCAAAAUCUUUGGCACGGGACCCGAGGAUGAGAUCACUCGCGGUUCACCUGGAUACAUUCCCCCAGAAUUUCUUCAUCCAGAGAGCAGCUCACCUAAAUAUCCUACACCAAAGUCAGAUGUGUAUGGAUUUGGAGUCAUCCUUUUCGAGCUAAUUACCGGGAAAAAACCAGUUGAAGAUGAUUAUCCACAACACAAUGAUGCGAAUUUGGUUGGUUGGGUUAGAGGAUUAGUAAGGAACAACGAGGGAUCAAGAGUUAUCGAUCCAAAAAUUCGUGGAACUGCAUCACAGACACAAAUACUAGAAGCCUUGAAAAUCGGUUAUCUAUGCACAGCUGAAGUUCCCGCGAAACGACCAAGUAUGCAUCAAGUAGUUGGACUGCUUAAGGAUAUUGAGCCUACACAACAAUGAAAAUGAGAGGACACAAAGGCAUUGGCAACAAUGCAAUUUUCACCUCUUGUGUUUUUUGGUAUUUUGAGUUCUCAUUUGUGUUGUUACCUAACACAAGGGGAAUUGUACAGUAGUCCAAUAUUUUUGUUUGCUGCUUUAUGCAAUGUUUUCUCAUUUUCCACUGGAAAAGUUUUUCAAUUUGUAGUACAAAAUAGGCUUUUUGCUUGACCCUUGAUGAAGAACAAAUUUUCCACUCA